AUGCCCGAGUGCCCGGAGCUGCACCUGGCCGGGCGCUUCAUCAACACGGCGUGCGGAGCGCUGGUGUUCGCGGGCGGCGUGGAGCGCUCGCCGGUGGGCCGCGGCCCGGAGGUGCCCUUCCGCAGCGAGGCCUACAGCAUCUCGGCCAUUGCCCGGGGCAAGGAGCUGCGGCUGACGUUGAGCGCGCUGGACGCCGCCGUCGGCCCCCCUCCGCAGGACCUCGUAUUCCGCUUCGGCAUGUCGGGGUCGUUCCGGCUGUGCCCCGCCGCCGAGCUGCCCCGCCAUGCCCACCUGCGCUUCCUCACCCGGGAGAGCCCCCCGCGCGCCCUCUGCUUCGUGGACCCCCGGCGCUUCGGGUCGUGGCGCCUGGGGGAUGCCUGGCAGCCGGAACGAGGGCCCUGCGUCAUCUCCGAGUACCAGGCUUUCAGGGAGAAUGUGCUGAAGAACCUGGAUGACAGGGCUUUUGACAAGCCCAUCUGUGAGGUCCUCUUAAACCAGAAGUAUUUCAAUGGAAUUGGGAAUUACCUGCGUGCUGAAAUCCUGUACAGGUUGAAGAUCCCUCCCUUUGAAAAAGCUCGGACUGUGCUGGAGGCCCUGCAGGAGCAGGAGAAGAGUAAGAAGGAUCCUUCCCUGACACUGAGCAAGAAGGUGAAGCUGAGGCAAGAGAACCCAGAUCUCCUGGAGCUGUGCCACACCGUUCCCACAGAGGUCAUCACGGCAGAGCUCUUGGACCCUGAGCACUCGGAUAAUUAUGCUGCCUUCAAGAACUGGCUGCAGUGUUACUUGGUGCCUGGCAUGAGCUCCCUGCGUGACCGCAAUGGCAGGACCAUAUGGUUCCAGGGAGAGCCUGGCCCCAUGGCUCCCAAAGGGCAGAAACCCCGCAAGGUGUCCCGCAAGGAGAGCCCUCAGCUGAAGGUAGAACCCGAGGCACCCAGCCCCACGGUCACCCCACGUGCUUCGAAACAGCGCCACAGGACAGCAGUGAAAACCCCAAAGUCAGAGUUAAAGGAGGAAGAGAAGGAAGAGGAGGCCGAUGGGCCAAGGAAAGGACGUGGAAGGAGGAAAGCAACUGCUGCUUCAGCCUUGCCUGAGGUGCCUCUGGGUGUCAGAAGAAGCCGCCGGAUAUCUGCUCGCAGGGGUGAAGGUGCAGCCCCUGCUGUGUGAGUGUUACCUGCUGCCACCUCCUGAGGGGCAAGUAAGGGGCCAAGAGGAGCUCAGGCAGGGCCUGGCCACAGACCAGGGCUAGUGUUAGUGGAAGUGGAGCUGCUCUGUACCUGUGCUCACACUUCUUGGCUACUGUUGCGUUCUCCCAGUGCGGGAGAGAGAAGCUGAGCGUGGUGAUGGGGCUUUUUCCUGCUGUCCACAGGCAUUUGGGGAGAAAAAGGGCCAGAAGCACAUGUUGUGCUGGACUCUGACCCUUCUCUCUGCUUCUUCCCUUUCUGGCUGCUGAUCCAGUCACUGUUUUUAGCUAAUAAAGUAUUUUGUGCAGAAA